AUGGCAAGCGCACUAGCAGCGAAGAUGGGUUUUAACUCAUUGAUGAGGAAACAAGCAAAAAACUUCAACGUCAGGAUCUGCACAAUGGAGUCAGAUAUGGAGUUCAGCUGCGAGAAUAAGUGGAAGGGAAAAGACCUUUUUGAUUUGGUGUGCCGGACUCUGGGACUGAGGGAGACGUGGUUCUUUGGGCUUCAGUACAAUAUCAAGGACACAGUUGCCUGGCUGAAGAUGGAAAAGAAGGUUCUGGAUCAGGAAGUACCGAAAGAGGAGCCAAUUACUCUUCACUUCCUGGCCAAGUUCUACCCAGAAAAUGCUGAAGAGGAGCUUGUGCAAGAUAUCACACAGCAUCUCUUCUUCCUUCAGGUGAAGAAUAAGAUCCUUGAGGAGGAGAUUCACUGUCCACCUGAAGCCUCUGUGCUGCUGGCCUCCUAUGCCGUCCACGCCAAGUAUGGAGACUACGAUCCCAAUGUCCACAAACCUGGCUUCUUGGCUGAGGAGGAACUGUUACCAAAGAGAGUGAUUAACUUGUACCAGAUGACUGCAGAGAUGUGGGAGGAGAGGAUCACAGCAUGUUACGCAGAGCACAGGGGCAGAACGAGGGAUGAAGCUGAGAUGGAGUAUUUAAAAAUAGCUCAGGACCUGGACAUGUAUGGCGUCAAUUACUUUUUAAUCAGGAAUAAAAAGGGAACAGAUCUUCUUUUGGGAGUGGACGCCCUGGGCCUGCACAUCUACGAGCCGGACAACCGGCUGACACCUAAAUGCUCCUUCCCUUGGAAUGAGAUCCGCAACAUCUCGUACAGCGACAAAGAGUUUACCAUCAAACCUCUGGACAAGAAAACCAAUGUUUUCAAGUUCAACUCUUCACGGCUGAGAGUCAACAAGCUGAUCCUCCAGCUGUGCAUAGGGAACCAUGACUUGUUUAUGCGACGGCGGCGGGUGGACUCCCUUGAAGUGCAGCAGAUGAAAGCCCAGGCCAGGGAGGAGAGGGCCAGGAAACAGGUGGAGAGGCAGCGCCUGCAGCAGGAGAAGCAGCUCAGGGAGGAGGCAGAAAGGGCGAGAGAUGAGCUGGAGAGGAGACUGAUGCAGCUGCAGGAUGAAGCUCACAUGGCCAAUGAGGCUUUGCUGCGCUCGGAGCAGACGGCAGACCUGCUGGCUGAAAAGGCCCAGAUCGCAGAGGAGGAAGCCAAGCUGCUGGCCCAGAAAGCUGCCGAGGCUGAGACAGAGAUGCAGCGUAUCAAAGUGACUGCCAUCCGUGGCCAGGAGGAGCGGCGGCUCAUGGAGCAGAAGAUGCUUGAGGCAGAGAUGCUGGCCCUCAAGAUGGCUGAGGAGUCGGAGAGGAGGGCCAAAGAAGCUGAGCAGCUGAAACAGGACCUGCAGGAAGCCAGAGAGUCGGAGCGCAGGGCAAAGCACAAGCUGCUAGAGAUUACCAGCAGGGCUGUUUAUACGGCCCCAGGACUGCCAGCUGACAGCAUGCCUCCUGAUUUGAGCUUCAGCAGGGAGAACCUCAGCUUUGACUUUAAAGAUACUGACAUGAAACGCCUCUCCAUGGAGAUUGAAAAGGAGAAGGUCGAGUACAUGGAAAAAAGCAAGCACCUGCAGGAGCAACUGAAUGAGCUGAAGACGGAAAUCGAAAGCCUAAAGCUGAAAGAGAGGGAGACUCCUCUGGACGUCAUUCACAACCAGAACACCGAGCAGGGGACCAGCAAGCACAGCAACUUUAAAAAGCUAACACUACAAAGCACCAAGUCCAGAGUGGCCUUCUUUGAAGAACUCUAAACUACAUACCUGCAUAGGUCGGGAUGCACAACUGCCAAGAACCUGUCAUUUCUACAUUCCUGGUCAGUAAAUAUAAUUGACCAC